AUGGAUCCGAAAAUGAAAACAUCUAGAUGUCAAGGGUAUUUCGAAGAAUUGCUGAAUGGGGAGGUUCCAGAAACACCAAUACCACUCUGGGAAGACCAAAUCACGGAACAUAAAGUAGAUGAUUUAAAACUUGAUGAAACUAAGAGAGCUAUUUACCGACUCAAUAAUCGGAAAGUCCUUGGGUCAAAUAGGACGAUUGCUGAACUUAAAUGGCGGCAAAGAACUACAUGAAGCGAUGUAUGAGUUGUACAAACAUAUAUGGAAGAAAAAUAAACUACCAGAUGAAUGGAACAAAGCUACGGUAAUCCCCCUAUACAAGAAAGGUGAUAAGUUGAGCUGUAAUAACUAUAAAGGAAUAUCGUUAUUGAAUACAGAGAAUACAAAGAUUUUCCCAGAUCUUACUAGAAGGAUUGGAACCAAUAGCUGAAGAAUGCAUAAAAAAUUACCAAUGCGAUUUCCGAAAAGAAAACUCAACAAUAUACCAAAUUACUACUAUUGAUCUGCUGUUAGAAAAGAAGUAUGGGUAUAAAUAGAACGUAUGGCAGGUGUUCGUAGGUUUCAAGAAAGCACACGAUAGUGUUCAUUGUAAUAGCCUGUAUAAUAUAAUGUAUGAAUUUGGUUUUCCCGAAAAACUCAUAUCACUGACAAAAAUAUGCACGAAUAGGACCAAAUGUCAAGUAAGUGUAGACGGUAAACUGCCAGAAGAAUUUGAAGUGAUGAUUGGGCUCAAACAAGGUGAUGCGCUGUCCCCAUUACUGUUCAACAUAAGAGAAAGAUACAAAGCAAUAAGCUCGGAAUGA